AUGAGGAAACCACUUUUGCUUCUACUACUGAUAUUAGGUUUUUGCUCUUCAGCUGUUAUUCACAAGGCUACAUUCCAACGAAACACGGAAGAGUCGGCAGAAAUUGAUGCCUCCAAGAUUAUUGGAAGUGAUUCUGAGCAGCUCCCUAGAUUAACUAAAGAACAGAAAUGGGAUUUAAUCCAUGCAAAUGGGUUAAGCUCUCAAGGAUUAACAAGAGUACGACAUCGUGUACGCAGAGCUAGAAAAGCUAAAAGAGAUAUCCUUUUGGCUCCUUGGCGUAUAACUCAUGCUGUCCGUCGACUCCCAGAAGUUCAAAAAAUUAAUAAGCCAGCCAUUGCUCUCUCCGUUGAUACCUGUCCCUCAAGAAUUGAUGCCGUGACGCGAGCAUACAACGGUCGAACAUAUGUAUUUGCACGGGAAAGAGUUUAUCAAAUGUGGCAUGAGGAUGGACUGCAACAGAAAUCUUCAUAUUUAAUAACAGAGUUGUUCCCUGGUGGACCACGCACUGUUACAGCAGCCUUAACCAAUAGUCGGUCUGGAGUGACGAUUUUGAUUUCGCAUCGAACUGCUUAUCGCUUCCGAUGGAAUCGAAAAUACAAAAAAUUCCAAUUGGCCAAAAACACUCCUCAAGAUUUACCCCGUAACGUGACCAUUACCCCAACUACAGCUUUUGAAUGGACAGAUGGAAACCAAGUCCUCUUGGAUGGCGGAAAUUUCGUGUUAUAUGACGCUUUCUGGAAUAUGGCAACUUUCAGUGGACAAACCAAAAGAUAUUUUCCAAAUCUUCCACGUGAUUUGCUUGGCGUUGUCUAUAAUGGCGGAGGCAACACAGUUCUCAUGUACACGAAAUCCAAUUCAUUGAAGGUUUAUAAUACGAAGAAAUUCCGUGUUGUACAGGAAUAUCCGUUGAAGCUCAAUGAGUUUAUAGGUUGUAUAGCAUCCUCCUGA